UUUUGAUCAAUUUUCCAAAAGAAUUCGUGUGGCAGUGGCAGUGGCAGCGUCUUCUUCUUCUUCUUCCUCUUCACCUUCAUUGAAAGCUCCUUUUGAACUUAACAAUGGCUCUGCUCCUUCCAUAUUAAGCUUCAAGAAUCCAUAGCAAUGGAGCUUUUCACUGCCAUUAAUCCUUCUCCAGACCUCCAUUUCCACUCCCUCCGUUCUCUCACCGACACCCAUCACCUUCCCCUUCCCAGUCUUCUCCUCCGUCACCCUCGCCGCCCACUCAGCUCCCUCUCCCGUUGCCGCCUUCUGCAUUUGCGAGCUUCCUCCACUUCUGGCAUCCCGGAUCUUCCCACAUCCGUACCGGAGCAGGCCGGCGGAAAAUUAGUUGUGGAACUCAUUGGAGCCUUCAAUGAGCUCACUGAUAGGAUGAAUCUCACUUCCACUAGUUCGUCUGUGAUCCUCUUUGUCACUCUUAAGCUCUCAAUCCCCAUCUUGCAGAGUUUGCCUCUGCUUCCUGAUGGCCGCUCUCCUCUCUCCAAGGCCUUGUCUGUCGCUCUUAUUCUCGCUGAUCUUCAGAUGGAUGCAGAAGUUAUAUCUACUGGUAUUCUUAGAGAGGUUAUGGAGGCUGGGGGGAUAUCUCUUCAAGAAGUUAAAAACCAAAUAGGUAUAAGUACUGCUCAUUUACUGCAUGAGAGCUUACGAGUGAAGCACAUUCCUUCAAGAGUCGAUAUCUUUGACGAUGAUAGUUCGGCUGCUUUAAGAAAGUUCUGUCUUACGUAUUAUGAUAUUAGGGCAUUGAUUUUAGACCUGGCUUUGAAGCUUGAUAUGAUGAGAAACCUCCAAUCAUUGCCAAGAUACCAGCAGCAGAUGGUUUCUCUUGAGGUUUUGAAGAUACAUGCACCAUUAGCAUUUGCCGUUGGAGCUAAUUUCUUAUCACUUCAGUUGGAGGAUCUCUCUUUCCGUUACUUGUUUCCUUGCUCUUACUUUUAUGUGGAUUCGUGGUUGCGAAGCCACGAGUCAGGAAGUAAGUCUUUGAUUGAAACAUACAAGGAUCAGCUGGCACAAUCCUUGAAGAAUGAUCCUAUAUUAACAAACAUGGUGGAAGAUUUUUCUGUGAAAGGUCGCUAUAAAAGUCGAUCUAGCACCAUGAAGAAACUCCUUAAAGAUGGUCGAAAACUUGAAGAAGUUAACGAUAUUCUAGGAUUACGCGUCAUAUUGAAACCUAAGGCUGGGACAGAUACAUCAGAAUCGGGUGAGAGAGCUUGCUACCGGGCAAGUGAAAUUAUAAAGUCACAGUGGAAAGAAAUACCCCAUAGGACUAAAGAUUAUAUUGCAAGGCCAAAACCCAAUGGUUACAAGAGCUUACACAUGGCUGUGGAUGUGAGCAACGAGAGCCAGACGAAACCGUUAAUGGAAAUUCAAAUACGAACUACUGAGAUGGACAAAUUGGCAGCUGGUGGAACGGCAUCACAUUCACUAUACAAGGGAGGUCUCACAGAUCCAGAAGAAGCGAAAAGGCUCAAGGCUAAAAUGUUGGCUGCAGCUGAACUUGCUGCUCUACGUCUUAACGAUUUUCCAUCAUCUAACUAUAAAGGCAUACAUACCAACCAAAGAGGUCGAGUAUUUGGGCUUCUUGACAAGAAUGGAGACGGUAGAAUAAGUAUUGAGGAACUUGUGGAUGUCAUGGAAGACCUUGGUGUUGGUGCCCCCGGAGAAGAUGCGCGAGAGAUGAUGCAACUUCUAGAUUCGAAUAGUGAUGGUUCUCUUAGCUCUGAUGAAUUCGACUUUUUUCAAAAACAGGUCGAAUUCAUACGCAGCUUGGAGAACAGAGAUGAUCAAUACAAGGUCAUCCUAAAUCAUAAGCUCCAAAACGAUGACGACACCGGUUUGAUACAAGUCUAUAGUGAAGAACUCGGCAAUCGACUUGCCACAUAGUCUUGGCCGUGGACCCUCCAUUUGUCUCAACAAGGGUAGGAAAUUAAGUUCAUUUGGAGUCACAUAUCUAGCCUCAUUAUUGUGAAUAGAUUGUUUAUAAAGUUGAGAAGCAAGCCAAUUCCUGUGCAACAUUGUCAUUUGGAGGUCUAAUAUUUUAAUCAGAAAAAAAAAUUGUAAUCUACAAAUGAAAUGAAAAGAAUCCAAAUAGGAUGAAGUAAUAAUGUAUCGGAGAUUUGUUUAGAAGAUAUAGAAAAGGAGGGAGAGAUCUAAUGAUUAUAUUCUCAAGCUUCUAUAAUA